GCCAUCAUUCGUAUGGCUUUAGCCCGUCUCCAGUUGGACGUGCCGCAAACUCAGCCGCCUCCGGCCAGUGCUUUUUUCAGGCGUGUCCCAGCCUCUGUCAGCUUUACUGCGCCCCCAUCGGAGGAAUAUUUGAGGGAAUUGCAGGCAUGUUGGAGGGAUUCUAAGGCCCUCUCUCAUGCAACGUCCGAUGGCCGGACCCUGGCAGCCAUGCAGGAUGCACAGAAGUUUGGAUUAGACCGCAUGCCAGCAGUUGAGCCGACUAUAGCGGCUCUUAUCAUUUCACCUGAUGAGGCUUUGAGGCCGGAUGCUAGGUGUCCUCGUCCCCAGUGCCGGGUUACAGAUGACCUGCUCUGUAAGGCAUAUGAUGCAGCGGCUCGCAUGGGACGCAUCGGUAACUCCAUGUCCCACCUGAUGCUCGCUUUGUCAGCUUCCCUGCAGGAGACUGAGUUGGAUGCCUCUAUCCACAAUUUUAGCGAUGCUUCACUACAGGCAUUCGCAUUGAUGUCUAGGGAAUUGGGGCGGUUGAUGUCUACUCUUGUGCAGGCUCGCCGCCAGGUAUGGUUGGCACAAUCUCCUCUCACUGAGGCCUGCAGGAGAACCCUUCGCAGUGUUCCUGUGGAACCAGGAGAGCUGUUUGGUUCCGCAGCCCUGGAAGCGCUUGAGCGCACAGUCCAAGCCGGACGGACUUGACAGCAGCUGUCCGGGCUUCAAAGAAGCGUUCCGCAUCCUAGCAGGCCUAGAGGUCCUCCAGCUGUCCCACAGCGCAGCCCUCGUCCACAGGCUCAUCCCAGGGGCUACCUAGGGUCCCUGCGCCCACGUCCACAGCCUGCUCAACAGCAGGCGCCGACCUUUCGGGUGCCUGACCGGCUACCCUCAGGACAACCUCAGUCCUUUCCAACCCGUCGUGCCUCUGGAACCUUUAGAGGCCGGGGACCCCGGCGCUGAAGCCCGGGGGUCGGCUGUCGGCUGUUUUUCCCAGCAGCAGCUCAGCUAUUGGGCUGCCUCCACCAGGGACCCAUGGGUGCUUUCAACCUUAACCCACGGGUACAAACUUCAGUUCCGACGCCGGCCCCCAGCCCAUGGCCGGGUCAAGAUGACCAUCAUAAGCGACCCGGCAAAAGCCCAAGCCCUCACCCAGGAGUUGUCCGCCCUCCUGGACAAGGGUGCCAUCGAGCCAGUAGAUCCCCUAUUGCACCCCAGGGGGUUCCACAUGCUGACCACUGCAGAGGUUCUACGUACAAUUGCCAAAGGAGAGUGGUUUACGUCAGUAGACCUGAAGGAUGCCUACUUCCACAUCCCUAUAGCUCCACACCAUCGGCAGUUUCUGCGGUUUGCCUUUCAAGGGCGUCAUUUCCAGUUCCGAGUGCUCCCAUUCGGUCUCUCCCUUUCCCCUCGGGUGUUCACCAGGUGUGUGACGGCAGCCCUUUCGC